AUGAUACAUGAUACAGCAGUCUCACACCCACACCAUACACUGUUCUGUGUUCUGGCAUUGGCUAAUGCUAAUCGUGAUACUGAGCUGUUACAGCAGGCCAAGUCAAACAGAAGGAGUAAGAUGUCAAAAUCUCAACCAGACAACCCAGCUGAGGAGGGUAGAGUUUUAGCUGCCAAGGACAUGAUAGAGAAGCUAAGGGAUGACAGAAAUGUCGGGAACAUUGUAAAAGACUUACAAACACUGUGUGAUGCUUAUAUACAGCUUGCUAACUGGAAUGUGCAGGAAUACAAAACACAAACUAAGCCUAUUCAGCUGCCAGCUCAGUUAUGGCUGACUAAAGUGAAGAGUUUGAAGAAUGUUCCGGUACCAACCAAAGAAAUAAAGGUUAGUCCAAGUUGUGAUUACAAGGAUAUCCCUUAUAUAGAGAAGUUUGAGCCCACGUUCAAGUUGGCAGGUGGCAUCAACUUACCAAAGAUUAUUUCUUGUGUUGGAUCAGAUGGUACCAAGAGCAGACAACUAGUCAAGGGUAAAGAUGACCUUCGUCAAGAUGCAGUGAUGCAGCAGGUGUUUGACAUGGUCAACAAUUUACUACAGAAAGAUUCAGAGACCCGCAAACGACAAUUACAGAUUAGGAAAUACAAGGUUAUUCCCCUGUCUCAGCGUAGCGGGUUGUUAGAAUGGUGUGAGGGUACGUUACCAGUUGGCGAUUAUCUUGUUGGUAGUAAAGGAGCACAUGCACGCUACAGACCUCAGGACUUGUUCUUUAUUGACUGCAGAAAGAAUUUGACUGCUGCAACUACAACAGAGGCUAAAUACAAAGUAUAUCAGGAUAUCUGUGACAAAUUCCGGCCAGUGUUUAGACAUUUCUUCUUUGAGAAGUUCACUUCUCCACCUGUCUGGUUUGAGAGAAGAUUGGCAUACACAAGAAGUGUUGCUACCAACUCCAUAGUUGGCUAUAUACUCGGACUUGGAGACCGUCACAUCCAGAACAUUCUGAUUGACUGCAACACAGCAGAACUUGUACAUAUUGAUCUUGGUAUAGCGUUUGAGCAGGGGAAGAUUCUGCCCACCCCGGAGACUGUGCCAUUCAGACUGACCAGAGAUAUUGAAGAUGCUAUGGGAGCAUCAGGUGUUGAAGGGGUAUUUAGAAGGUGCUGUGAGAAGACGAUGGAAGUGAUGAGAAGUAAUCAGGAAGCCUUAUUAACCAUCCUAGAAGUUCUCCUGUAUGAUCCCCUACACGUGUGGACGAUCUCUCCCGCCAGGGCGUACGCCCUCCAACAGCAGAGGGGUAGGGAAGAAGCUCAAGACACGGUAGAUGUUGGUAAUACCACCACCGAUAUCAUGGAUCUUGCAGAUUCAAAUAAUGCCAGAAAUAGUGAAACUCAAGAGAAUGUGAAUAAAGUAGCAGAGCGUGUGUUGCUAAGGUUACGGCAGAAACUUCAAGGUGUUGAGGAUGGCGUGCAACUUAGCCUCUCUGGUCAAGUUAACUAUCUGAUACAGGAGGCUCGAAACCCAAAAAAUCUGGCAAGGAUCUUUCCUGGAUGGCAGCCAUACGUUUGAAA